GGGUCUGUGCAAUCCGUCAGUAGACCGCAGCGAUCCGGGCAUUUGGCGCGCAGCUGCCGGCAUGGGAUGCUGUUCAUUCUGCCUGUAAGGCGGUGAAUGACUGACCCCCGAUCAGCUCACACUGCUCUGCUCUGUCAGUCCGAGGAGUCACGCUGAAAAUUGGCUGCGUGUGGUUCCAGACUCUCACUAUUGGGCUGAAUGUGUGUCUUCAGACAGCCUGAACAAAUGGAGGUGCUGAAGGUCAUGCGCACCAUAGAUGAUCGCAUCGUCCAUUCCCUGAACACCACUGUGCCCACUGUGUCCUUCUCAGGCAAAGUGGACGCCACACAAACAUGCAAACAACUCUAUGAAUCUAUGUUGGAGGCUCAUCUGAGCAGAGACAAAGCUAUCAAGUCCUGUAUAGCACAAACAUCUGAGGUGGUGGGUCAACUCCGUGAACAAAGAGCAAAGGACAGUGAAAACAUGGCUGUCAUCAAACAGCUCAGGAAAGAGCAGACCAAAUUGAAGCUGAUGCAGUCGGAGCUAAACGUUGAAGAAGUCGUCAAUGACAGAAGUCUGAAGGUUUUCAAUGAAAGGUGCAGAAUCCACUACACGCCUCCAAAGGUGAAGUGAACCUCCUACUGGUUCCAGUCCAGACCAGAUCUGAGACUGUGAGCUGCUGCUGAGUCCUGACUGCAGCCUGUUCAGCACCCAGACCGACCCGGACCUCUAGUCCAACACACUUUAUUCCAUAGUGAUCAUUUAUGCAGUUACCACCAGUGUAAAACAGACAUCUACUGUUUGUGCUUCUGCAAUGAGAGACAUUGUACAAAUAGUAUUUUUUAAAAUGACAAUGAAAUGUUUUCAAAUGGU